CACUCAAGUUGCUAUCAACAUUUUCACGGAUUUUCCUUACUAAAAUGACAAUUCAAGACCAUUUACGUGUCUACCCUUGCUUAUUUUUUCUCAUUGCGUUUUCCACGGAAAGUAGCUGAAAUUCAUCACGUGGUGGCGCCAACGUCGAACAAAAAUUUCAUUCGUAAACAUGUCUUUUUUUCACCGGAUCGACUCAACACUUGAACAAUGUUCGGAGCACUUCGAAGAAGAGUCAAUUCGCUGAAAGUGCAACAGCUGAUCAAAUUAAAGGAUUUCUGCACAGCGAGAAACUUGAAUAAAUCCCCAAACGAGGUGGAACUUCUGGGGGAGAAGUAUGCAACCGACGAGUGGACGAAUAUAACUCCGAAAAUAAUAGAAAAAUUGGGGCGCAAUCUGCACACGAAAAAACAUCACCCCCUGUCCCACGUUCGUCAGAGAAUAGUGAAUUACUUUUACAGUCACUACAGGAACAAAUGCGGAAACCCUCUGUUCAGUGUCUUCGACAAUCAGAAGCCGAUAGUGUCUGUCCAGCAGAACUUCGAGUCCCUGUUGAUCCCGAAGGAUCACCCGAGCCGGAGCAAAACCGAUUGUUAUUACAUAAAUAAUGAGACAUUGUUGAGGGCUCACACGACAGCCCAUCAGUCCGAGCUGAUCUCCAUGGGACUGAACAAUUUUCUCGUCAUUGGGGAUGUGUACAGAAGAGAUGAGAUCGAUGCCACUCACUACCCGAUUUUUCAUCAGGUCGAUGCGGUGAGAUUAUGCAAUGCUGAGGAGUUAUUUGAGAAUGUCAGUAAUCCUGAGGGACUCGAGCUGUUCGAGAACAGGGGGAAGGAGAGCGAUGAGAAGCAGGCUGUACAUGCUUUAGAAGCCACCAAGAUUAUGGAGCACCAGUUGAAGAGGGAUCUGGUGGGACUCGCUCAGGCAUUAUUUGGAAAAGAUGUAAAAUGUCGUUGGGUAGACCAGUACUUCCCCUUCACCCACCCCUCCUGGGAGCUAGAGGUCUUCCACAAUAAUCAGUGGCUGGAAGUCCUGGGCUGUGGCAUCAUGAGGCAGGAAAUCCUAAAAAAUUCGGGAGUCAACGACAGAAUUGGUUGGGCAUUCGGUCUAGGGCUGGAGAGACUCGCAAUGUGCCUGUACAACAUCCCAGACAUUAGACUAUUCUCCAGCACAGACUCUGGAUUUCUAAGUCAAUUCAACUUCGACGAUCCAAGCACACCAGUAACAUACAAGCCAAUCAGUGUCUACCCCCAGUGCGCCAACGACUUGAGCUUUUGGUUACCAGAGAAUCGAGAAUUCUCCCCAAACGAUUUUUACGAUCUAGCCCGUGAUAUCGGUGGUGAUGUCAUAGAGCAAAUUUCCCUUGUCGAUAAUUUCACUCACUCAAAGACGAAGAAAACGUCCCACUGUUACCGAAUAAUUUACAGACACAUGGAGCGUACCCUAACUCAAAAAGAAGUAACAGAAAUUCACACAGAAAUAGGCAGAAAUGCAGCAAAAAUUUUAAACGUAACAGUAAGAUAAAACCAACAGAAUAAAAGUAAGAAUAAAUUCCUCUA